AUGGUAGUGAUGGAGAACGGACAAGUGGCGGAGUCAACGGUCAAAUCAAAUGGACAGGAGGUUAAUAGGCCGCGCAGAAAGGGCUUCUUGCGAUGGACAGUGGGACUUGUUGUGAGACUUUGCAUCUGGUAUGCACUUGUAACGCCGUUCCUACAAUGCCCUUCCAACCUCGCAGAACUUACAGAAACGUCGCCGCGAGUCUGCAAACCUUACCUGAUCGCUCGAUCGCACGUCGAGCCUUAUGUCACACCCUAUUAUGAUACGUACGCGGCACCUUAUGUUGAUCAAGCUCGCCCAUAUGUCAAGGUCUUGAACGAACAGGUUUAUACCCCGGCAUCGAAAGUUGCCAAAUCUGGUUAUGAGAAAUACGGGGCGCCGGCAUUUGAAAAAGCCCAGAUUUAUGGUGCUGAGCAAUGGCGAGCCCAAAUCACACCUCGAGUGCAAUCUGCUCGGGAUAAGGCGAAUCAGCUCUAUCUCGCUAAAGUGGACCCAUAUGUCCAGCAGAGUGUGACUGUUGUCUCUCCGUAUUACCAAAAGGCCAACUCCGCCGCGAUGACUGUCUAUUGGGACCACCUAGUGCCUUUUUACACCCGCUCAAAACCUUUCAUCGGCAAGACUUAUGCCACGAGCCAGGGAAUUUUAACCACCCAUGUUAUGCCCGGCGCGCGCUAUACCUGGUCAUCCGCAGUCUACUUUGCGAACAGCUCGUUGUGGCCUCACGUCACAGGUCUUUACUCUGAGCAGGUAGAGCCACAAUUAGUCAAGAUCGGCCAGCGUUUGGCUAGCUACAGGGAGGGCAAGCGCCUUCGCGCUGUUGUUGAGGAAGCUGAUAGCACUUCAUCCCUGCAGCCUAUCUAUUCUAAGACUACUCAAACUGAGGAGUCAGUUCACACCACGAGUACUGUGGCCUCCACGUCUACGACCGAAGCUCCUGUCCAGCCCACUCUCUCUGCAACAGAGCAAGCGCAGCAAGACCGUGUCAAGAUCGAGUCGGACCUUGAGAGAUGGCAGGCCAAGUUUGCUCUUGCAGCUGAUAAAGGUAUUGAGGACCUCGAGGAACGUAUUGAGGAAAUCGUGUCUGCCCUCGUUGCGAGCAGCGCCAACAGUUACGGUCAGAGCCUUUCUACUGCACUUCAAUCGGUAUCAGCUGAGCAGCUUUCUUCGGUCAAGAAACGAAUCAAUGCCCUGGCGGAAUCGAUGCCAGAUGAGGAUGCUCCAGAGGUUGAAGAGUCGACCGGAGAUCAGCUCGUCAGGGAAAUCAGAACUUCCGCCAUUUCCGUGAGAGAUCGUGCCCAUGCACUAAGAGAAUGGUUCACAUCUUUCGAUGAGGAACUUGUUCGCCGAGUGGGUGCCGCCGUUGACUCAACUCUGGCUGUCCUCGACAGCAUCCGUGACCUAGGAUUGCAAGAGAUCGGCAUGCGCUGGGCGUGGAUGGAUGGUGUCACCUACAAGGAUUGGGCUAAGUACCAUGCUUUGAAAGUCCAACUCGAGGAUUGGCGCAACGAGAUCCGGGAUGUCGGCGUACACCACAAGUCGGUUUCAGAGGCCAGAACCGUGGCAAGUGAUAUCUUGGACAGCGGCAUGCAAGUAGCCGAACAAGCCGCAAAAGAACUUGUCAGACUUAAGGAUGUUGGGCUCUGGAAGAUCGCCGCUCGUGAAGUCAGUGACAACUUUGACACUCGAAACGAAGCCCCGCCUCCGAGACCCAAGUCUCAAGAAGAACCUGAAGAAUUAGAAGACAUAUCUGUCGAUUCGGAUCACGACGAGACAUCUGAAGCGGUAUCUGACUCUGCUGCUCAGAGGGAAGACGUGAACAAGGAAGAAGCCACGUCAGUCCCGGACGAUGCUUCUGAGGACAUCGAUGAAGCUCCGGAGGCCGAAUCGUCACCCGCUGUCGUUGCCAAAGAGGACGGUUUUGAUGGUAAUGCUGAGUCCGUUCUGGCUGACGCCAUUGUGGAUGAACAGCCUUCUGUGAGACCAGCCUUUGGUGUUGCUGCUGCUGAUGUCGGCUCUUACCAAGAGCCCAUCCUCGAUGAUGAGGACUCAGAUGCCUUGCAUAGCCUGGCGAACAAAGCUGGCGACACUUACGCCGAGGCAAGCAAGGCUGUGAGCGAGGCUAUCUACGGUGCUUCCGUGACUCCUGGAGUUGGCGAUCAGGCUGCGUCAUUCGCCAGUGACCAGUAUUCUCAUGCAUGGUCCGCCGCAUCUGAGGUUCUUUAUGGAACUCCCUUGAGUUCGGGAGAGAAGGUUUCCAGUGCUGCCUCUAAAAAUUACGCUGAGGCUGUAGCGGCUGCCUCGUCGGUCAUCUAUGGUACCCCAACACCGGUCAUUCAAUCUUUGAUAGGCGAGGCCAGGUCAGCAUAUGCUGAUUCUACGGUUCAAGCCAAGAUCCUCUAUGAAAUCGCAAAGUCUCAAGUUCUUAGCGAGAUGGCCCAGUCUAGCGCUCCCGCUCAUUCCCAGCUCCUUGCCUCUAUUGAAGCGGCUUACUCUGGGUCGGUCAAGUAUGCCACUGAAGAGUUAGAGUCGAAGCUUCGCGCUGUUCGAGCUACUCCCACGCCCUCCUCCGCAGGACCGCUAGCUCAAAUAUCAUCAAUCGCCUCGUCGCGAUUGGACCAGGGACUCAGUCUGGCAUCUGAGCAACUAGCUCAGGUGCGGCAAACAGCGUCGCCAACCAGUGACUCUGGCUUCCAGCCCUUUGUGCUCGAUGCGCAGCGCCGCUACUACGAGGCAGUCGGUUUGGCUCACGAUCACUAUUCUGCCUUUGUAUCAACGGCAUCUGAUGCAGUUUACGGUUCUCCGACGCCCACCCCAGCUCCCGGAAGCUUCAAGGGACUCGUCGAGGAAGCCGGGUCUCAAUACGAGCAGGCCUCUUCUUUGGCUUCCGCCAGCCUUGUUGCUGUUGUUGCUUCAGCCAGCUCGGUCAUCUCUUCGGCUGAUGAUGGUAAAGCGCAGAGUAUCAUUGAUGAUGCCUCAUCAAGAUACAACGCCGCCCUCUCCGCAGCCUCUUCUUCUCUCUCGUUGGCAUCCGCCUCAGCUAGUUCGGCUAUCUACGGAACCACCCCAGGGCCUCUGGAAUCUCUUUCCAGCCAAGCAUCCGAAAAUUGGGAGAACCUGGUUUCCAAGGUCAGCGAGCAGAUUUAUGGCGCACCAACACCGUAUCUGCAACAAGUGGUGAAAGACCAGCGUGCCCACUUUGAGGCGGUGCACGAAAUUAUCUCUGAGUUGAUCGUGGGCAAGCAGCCAUCAUUCACUGAGAGUGUGUUGAGCAAGCUUCAAGCUGCAUACGAGACACCUUACCCAACCGCCGCUGUCUCCUCUGCUUCUGGCUACAUCAGUGAGACCUAUGAGACUGCAUCCUCGGCCGCUGCUGCGGCUAUCUCCGAUGUGCUGAGCGUGGAGGAUAUCAUGCAGCAUGCCAAUGGUCAACUCCACGCUGCUGUUGACGCUGCCAGUGUCGGGAUCUACGGAACUUCCAAAGGCUCCUUUGAACAGGCCACAGAUGCUGCGACUGACGCUUACUCGACAGCAUCUGCCCACGUAAGCAGCGCUGUCUAUAGCAAGGAAUCUGGUUACAUCGAUAUCGCAAAGGGUGCCAUUGAGGACAUUCAAUCCCAGGCCAGCGCUGCUAUCUACGGUGAAGAGCCCAACGCAGUUGAGAGUGCCACCCUCCGUCUCGCUGGUGCUGUUGAAAGCGCCAAGUCUCAGCUGGCUGACCUUGCUGCCAGCGCUAGCAGCGUUGCGUCCGAAGCAGCUGAGACCGCUGCGUCACACGUAGAAGAUGCGACGAGCAGUGUCAGGAGUGCUGUAUCUUCAGUCAAGGACGAACUGUGA